CGAAACAGACGCUGGCAGCUUCAGAAAAGACGCCAAGUGUGAGCAUAGCCUAACUGUGCGGAAAUGUGACGAUGUGUUUUAAAACGUUGCAACAAAGUGUCCAGCCGGUACCGACUCGUUCCUUACGCCAUGUCGACCUUGAAGUGAAACUAGCAGAUUUUGACACAACAUAAAGACAUGUGAGAAGUCAGAAGAAGCACACGGGGACGGCGAAGGAGCGACGUAACACCAGCCAAUUCUGAAGAGCGGUAGUGCCUCUAAAAUGAGUUUCCACGAGAAGAGAAAGGGUGCUGCUCAGACCAAAAGGGCGGGAACACCAGAACCUAGUUGUGUGUCUAUGAAGAGUGAUGUAUCUAUGGGCAUGCCACCUGAAUUCAGUGGAGGAGCAGUUAACUCUGACCCCAAGUGUUUGUUGAAGGGUUUUUCCAAAUGUGGAUUGUGUGAGCAGGCUCUGAGAGAUCCCGUCUCAAUUACCUGUAAUCAUAGUUUCUGCAGAAAGUGUAUCAGCUGCUACUGGGAUAAGUUCAGUCAGUCAGAAGACUUUGAAUGUCCUCAGUGCAAGAAGAGAUCUAGAACGCGUUCUCUUCUACAAACAAAUAAAGUAUCGGGAGGACCUAGUUCUGCUCUUUGUUGCACAAACCUGCAGCAGGACUUUCUGGUGGAGGAUGCCCUGCAGAGAGUCAAAAGGAGAUACAAAACCAGCAUGAGGAUCAAAUAUGAAAGCUUAUUUGAGGGAAUCAAACUACAGGAAAACCGAACUCUCCUGAACAGGAUCUACACACAGUUAUGUAUCAUAGAGGGAGAAAGUGAAGGGGUAAAUGAAGAGCACGAAGUCUUACAGAUGGAGAAGUCACAGAGAACACAUUCACAAGACACUCUUAUCCACUGCAAUGAUCUCUUUAAUUCCUUACCCGAAGAAGGAUGUGAGGGGAAGAGAAGAAAGAUGAAUGACAAAAUAAAGACUGUUCUUACUAAAGGAGUCGCUGGAAUUGGAAAAACAGUUUCUGUGCAGAAGUUCAUUCUCGACUGGGCAGAGGGAAAAGCCAAUCAGGAUGUAGAUUUCAUGUUUGUGCUUCCAUUUCGAGAGCUAAACUUGAUUAAAGAUGAUCAGUACAAUAUCCACAAACUUCUGCUUGACUUUCUUCCUGAACUUCAAGAGCUGGACCCAAAGAUUUAUGAUGAAUGUAAAGUUGCGUUCAUCUUUGAUGGUCUGGAUGAAAGCAGGCUUUCACUGAGGUUUUCAGACAGUGAUGUGUGUUCUGAUAUAAAUGAGUAUUCAUCACUUGGUGUAUUGAUGUCAAACAUCAUCAGAGGAGACCUGCUUCCUUCUGCUCACAUCUGGAUCACGUCCAGACCAGCAGCAGCCAGUCAGAUACCUUCAAAAUACAUCAACCGGAUAACUGAAAUUCAGGGAUUCGAUGACCAUCAGAAGGAGGAAUAUUUUACCAAGAGGAUCAGUGAUCAGCAUCAAGCCAGCAGAAUAAUCUCACACAUAAAAAGAUCGAGAAGCCUCCACAUCAUGUGCCACAUACCUGUCUUCUGCUGGAUCUCAUCCACGGUACUUCAGAACAUCCUGAAACUAAAUUGCAGUGCAGAAAUCCCUCAAACUCUGACUGAAAUGUACAUUCACUUUCUGCUCACUCAAAUAAACAUAAAAAAUCUGAAGUAUGAUGAGCGAGAUCCAGGUAAACUACGACAGGCCAACAGAGACGUGAUUUUGAAACUUGCUGAUCUGGCUUUCAAACAGCUAAAGAAAGGCAAUAUCAUGUUUUAUGAGGAGGAUCUGAAAGAGUGCGACAUAGAUGUCAUUGACGCCUCAGUGUACUCUGGGAUCUGCACCGAGAUAUUUAAAGAGGAAUCUGUAAUUCAUCAGAGAAAAGUUUACUGUUUCAUACAUCUGAGCUUUCAAGAGUUUCUUGCUGCUAUUUAUGUGUUUUAUUGUUAUGCAAUCAAUACUGUAGAGGUACUAAGGUUUUUUGAUUCACUGCAUAAUUUGCUCAGAGGAGCAGUAGAUAAAGCCUUAGAAAGUGAGAAUGGACACCUAGAUCUUUUCCUCCGGUUCCUGCUGGGCAUCUCACUGGACUCCAAUCAGAAACUCUUACAGGAUCUACUGACUAACACUCACAGCUGCUCAAAGAGCAUUGAGAAAACAACUGCUUAUAUUAAGGACAAAAUUAAACAUGGCCACGAUCUUUCGGCUGACAGAUCCAUCAAUCUUUUUCUUUGUCUCUUUGAAAUGAAAGACCAGACUCUGUACAGAGAGAUCCAGGAUUUUCUGAAAUCAGAAAAACACUCAGAGAAGAAACUUUCUUCUGCACUUUGCUCAACAAUCGCCUACAUGUAUCAGAUGUCAGAAGAGGUGCUGGAGGAACUUGAUCCCAAGAAAUUUAAUACAUCAGAAGAAGGUCGGAAAAAACUCUUACCAGCUGUGAAAAACUGCAGAAAAGCUUUUCUGGCUGACUGUAAUCUCACUCAUAAAUCCUGUGAAAUUGUAGCCUCAGCUCUGCAAUCAUCAAACUCCGUCCUGAGUGAGCUGGACCUGAGUAACAAUGACUUGCGGGAUUCAGGAGUGAAGCUUCUCUCUGAUGGGCUGAAGAGCCCAAACUGUCAACUAGAGAAAUUGAGAUUGUCUGGCUGUAUGGUGACAGAGGAAGGCUGUUGUUGUCUGGCCUCAGCUCUGACUUCCAACCCCUCACAUCUGAGAGAGUUGGAUCUGAGCUACAAUCACCUUGGACACUCUGGAGUAAAGAUGCUCUCUGAUCGACUGAACCAUCCAAACUGUAAACUGGAGAUACUUAAUUUUGACCACGGUGAGUCUUUCAGAAACACACCAGGACUACGGAAAUAUGCCUGUGAUCUCGCAUUAGAUCAAAACACAGUAAACACUCAUCUCAUUUUAUCUGAGAACAACAAAAAGGCAACAUAUUUGGAAGAGGAGCAGCCAUAUCUCGAUCAUCCAGAAAGAUUUGAGCACUAUGAGCAGGUUCUGUGUAGAGAGAGCCUGACUGGACGCUGUUACUGGGAGGCUGAAUGGAGUGGCUGGAGUCAUAUUGCAGUCACAUAUCGAGGUAUCAACAGAAAAGGGGGCAGCGACUGCAGAUUUGGACUCAAUGAAAAGUCCUGGAGUCUGGUCUGCUCUGGUAAAAAUUACUAUGCCAGGCAUAAUAAUGCAAGAACUGACAUACCUGCACCCUCAUUCUGUUCUAAUAUAAUAGGAGUGUAUCUAGAUCAUCCAAAUGGUUCUUUGUCUUUUUACAGCGUUUCCUCUGAAACUGGCAAAAUGGUUCACAUUUACACCUUCCACUCCACAUUUACCGAGCCCCUCUAUGCGGGGUUUGGUGUCGGGGUUGACAGCGGCUCUUCAGUGUGUUUAUGUUAAAUACAGAAGCAUGCGUGUCAGAUCAUAUGCCAAAUACAGUCUGUGAAGGAAAUAAAUUGAACUAUGAGAGUUUAGCUCCAACUCUAAUUAAACACAGCUGAAACAGCUAAUCAAGGUCUUUUGAAAUAGCUGAAAUCUAGAGUUAGGCUACGCACAAACCACAAAACAAUCAGGCUGAUUUUGGGCAGGUUUCUUCCCUUCUGACAAUCCCAGAUAAUGUCCUGAUUAUCUGGUUCUAAAGAUUAUAUUAUCAGAUUUUUCUGUUGUGUGAUGUCUGUUAAGAGUGAGUAAAUAGCAUAAAUUACUGCUCAUAAGACCAUAAAUGAUUUAUUUAAUAAAUAAUUGAAAUUAUUAUGUUAGUGUGUCAUACUUGUAAUUUCCUUUUUGCAUAACGGGUGAUCCUAACAGCAAGUGAGCUACACAGGCAGUAAGUUGGAGGUUAUGUUUAGUUACAUUUAACGGCAAAACUACUGUAAGAAAAAAAAGUUACAAAAAUUUAAUUUGAAAUUACAUAGAAAAGCAAUGACAUGGUAGCAUUUAAUUAUGAUAAGUGGAUGCGUGUUCCUGCAUAACAUUUUUACCUCUCACUCUUAAACAAAGUUUAAAAAAGUUUGUGCUCUUGAUUUUUUUUUCUCUUGUUCUUUACUUUCAGUUUGGUGAUGUGUUAUCUUCCUAUUCUAGUUUGACAUUUUGAAAUGUUAUGAUGUUCUUCUCUUCUCUUUUUGCAAGUUUAUGAUUAAAGCAUUCUUUGCACAUAUCCAAGUAGUUUUGCACCAGAUUUAUAUUGUCACAUACAAUUUGUACAAGUACAACUUGUAGUAAAAUG